AUGGCGGAUGCCGACAGCACCGACUACAAGCCUGAUAUCCUACAAAAGCUGGAUGCACUGUUCGCUAACUUUUGGCUUAAACUGGAGGGCAGAUCACAGCCGCUAACUCCUCAGCAGACAAGCGGCCACCUUUGCAUGCAGCUGCCUCCAACCCCGAAUACCAUGCAAGGCAAGAGCACCAGACUGGCCUCAACAUGGCGGCGGAUCAAACCACACAAGCGACCCCAGCACAAGAGAGUUAAAAGUCAUGUGAGAAGCCACCGAGAACACCCGUGGUGGUGGGAGACCACGCUUGGGCACAGACGGCGGCAGAGAGCCGCGCCUCAGCUACUGACCCAGCGGAGACCUGCAG